AUGUCGAAGCUGAAUAUCGACAAGAAAAAAUAUCGGAAUUUGAUGCAAAAAAGAAAUCGACAUCUGACUUUGAAUAAUGGAUCCAUUAAUAUCACCAGAAACGUUUUUAAGCGUCGAAAACCUUUCGCCAUGAAUAAGGUCGGCUGCGUCAUUAACUCCAUGGGGAAAAAGAAAUCCUUAAAGAUUAUCUUUGCUUCCGAAUAUAACAAUAAUCCUAAGUCACUAGGCUUUACCGUGAACCUUUCGACGUUAAGAAAUUUGCUGUUGAAAGGAAAUAAAUAA